AUGGCAAAGCAAGCUGGUAAAGCAGUGAUCAAAGCCUUGUCAUCCACGAGGUCAGGCUUUACUGCUUACGGCGUGUUGCUGAGCUGCCAGCGCUUGCUCACGGUGCCUGCGGACUCCUCUGGCAGCAACCGGGCCGCGGCCUGCAGGCCGGAGACGGCGUCGGUGACACCGGCAACGCAGGACUACCGACAUGGCUACGUCAGCGGCUACCAGUCCUCCACCAUGGAGGCUGCACCAGCUGUUCCGCAGUUCGGCGGUCAGACCACGAGCACCACCUCGGCGCAGCAGUGGGGCAUCUCGCGGGUGCCCUCCCCGCGGGAGCUGGUGCGGGCCCUGGACCAGCACGUCAUAGGUCAGGAACAUGCCAAGAAGGUGCUGGCGGUCGCGACCCAUAAUCAUUACAAGCGCAUCCUCUGCGGCCGCCGAAACGCCCGCAGGGAGGAACAGGGAGCCGGUGGCGCCGGGGGAAGUGGUUUACACGACCAACUGACGUACGGCACCCCGUUAACGGACACCGCCGAUCCGCGGGCAGCAUUCGAGCGUGCUGUCAACGGGGGAACAACACACCUCCACAGCCACCACGGCCCUCCUGCUUCCGGCGGUAGCAGCGGUGGCGGCAGCGCCGGUCGUCAUGCCGUACAACCUCAUCCGCAGCAGCAGCAGCACGAGCACCAACACCACUACGGCACCAACGACAGCCAUCACCACCACCACCACCCCAACAGCAGCGGAGGCAAUGUGGGCGGUGUGUACAGCCGCUUCGCUCCCCCCGGGACUAAGGCGGCUUUGGAGGCUCAACGAGCGGCAGGCGGGCUAUGUCGGAGACGAUGUGGAGUCCAUUUUGUACAAGUUGCUGCAGGUGAGUCCAAAAGGUGGAUCGAGCUUCUUUGGUAUUUCGCGUUGGUGUCGGCCUGCAACUUCAACGUUGAGGUGGCCCAGCAGGGCAUCGUGUACAUCGACGAGAUAGACAAGAUCGCCAAGCGGUCCGCGGAGGGGUUCACCAUCACACGGGACGUCAGCGGGGAGGGGGUGCAGCAGGCGCUGCUGAAGAUGCUGGAGGGCACUGUGGUGAAUGUGCCGGAGAAGGGCGGCAGGAAGAAUCCCCGGGGGGAUUUCAUUCAGUGGUGGGGUGGGGGGGGGAGGUUGGUGGGGAGGGCGGUUUGGACACGCCUGCGCCAGUGCGGGCUUCUUUAUGGUGACUCCUCCCGUGGGGGGAUGAUGAUGAUGGUGGUGGUGAUGGUGGUGGUGGUGGUGAUGGUGGUGGUGGUGGUGGUGGUGAUGAUGAUGGUGAUGAUGGUGGUGGUGGUGGUGGUGAUGGUGGUGGUGGUGAUGGUGGUGGUGGUGGUGAUGAUGAUGGUGAUGAUGGUGGUGGUGGUGGUGGUGAUGGUGGUGGUGGUGGUGAUGGUGGUGGUGGUGAUGAUGAUGGUGAUGAUGGUGGUGGUGGUGGUGGUGGUGGUGAUCGAUACCCGUGACAUCCUUUUUAUUGUGGGUGGCGCCUUCGUGGACUUGGACCGCCAAAUGCUGGACACCCGGGUGCAGGGCUCCCUGGGGUUCGGCAACCGGGUCCGGCCCGCCAGCAUGGGCCGCCCGGGGGGCCCCCGUGUCAGCUCGGACAUACUUCUGGACGUACAACACAGCGACCUCAUCAACUACGGCCUCAUACCCGAGUUCGUGGGGAGACUGCCGGUGCUGGUGGCGCUGCAGAACCCGGUAGUCAUCCUGGACAAGCCCGCUGUACGGAAACAGCGCUCGCAGUAA